UCUACCAAUGGAAGGUUUGCUCUGCGAUGAGGAUUGGCUUUCAACUUCAGCUGACACUCAUGGCAAGAACCUGAGUUUGGUGUGUGUAGGUGCCAAGGAAGAUGAAGAUGAAGAGCAGGCGGCUGUGUCGGUGUGCAUGGCGAAGGAGAUGAGCUACAUGCCUGACCCUCAUUAUAAGGAGUUUCUUGAAACUCAGGAUCUUGUUUUUGUGAGGCUCACAUGUAUUCAAUGGCUUCUCAAGUGUAGAAAUCGAUGGAAUCUCUCCCAUGGAACUGUUUUUCUGGCUGCAAAUUACCUGGAUCGCUUCAUAUCCAAGAACAGAACCAAAGAAUGGAAGGAUUGGAUGGUUGAAUUAUUGGGCGUUGCAUGCUUAUCCGUAGCCUGCAAGUUCCACGAGACCUAUCCUCCAACUUUGACUCAAAUUCAGAUGGAGGAUUAUAUGGAUCAUGUGUUCGAUGAAAGCUCGAUAGAAAGAAUGGAGGUGACAUUGCUAAAGGCAUUGGAUUGGCAUCUCUGUUGCCCAACACCUUAUGCUUACAUUCACCUUUUGGGUCUCAAUUUGGAGUCUUCACUAUUGAUGGCGAACAUCACAGAGCUGCUUGUUGGCGCUGUGUUGGAUCAUAGGCUCAUGCCUUUCAAGCCAAGCCUAAUUGCCCUCUCCACAAUUUGGUGCUCUUUAGACUUGCUUCCUCCCAUCACUUCUCAACCCUCUCUUUCAUAUUUUAUGAGGCUCUUCAACCACCCCCAUAAGGAUGAGAUGAUGAAAUGUCGUGCGGUUUUGGAAGCAGUUCAAUCUUCUCGCUGCCCUCAAAGCCCGACAUCGGUGUUAAUGAAGGACCAUAGCUAUUGAAGUGGAGAGAGCCAAAUGGAUCAUUUCUUAAAGUUAAUAAUUAAGGUC